GAGGACAGACUGGCUUUGUACGGUCCCACCCUGGAAAAAAAACCCUUCAUCAUUUCUUACCAUAGGGAGCUAAUCCAGUCCAAACUGGUUUGAAGUGAAAGGGAAAUCUUCAGCAGGGUCUUGUUUGUGAAGCGAACAUCAUGCAGAACGUUUGAAGAGAAAGAACUGAGGGUUGGGUGUAAUCUGAAGGAGGAGAGAUGACCUCCAAAAUGAGUUUCUCUGUGGAGCAGGACCCACAGAAAGCUGAGAGUCUGAUUCAGAGGAAGAGACCAGACCCACCUGAACCCAGCUGUGUGUCCAUGAAGAGUGACAAGUCAAUGCAGGAUCCACUUAACUUCAGAGUAAAGGACAGUUCUGCUGGGCUGAGUCUGAUUCAGAGGAAGAGACCAGACUCACCUGAACCCAGCUGUGUGUCCAUGAAGAGUGACAAGUCAAUGGACCAUCCAAUUAUGUUCAGAGCAGAGGACAGUUCUGCUGGGCUGAGUCUGAUUCAGAGGAAGAGACCAGACUCACGUGAACCCAGCUGUGUGUCCAUGAAGAGUGACCAGUCAAUGGAAUGUCCAACUAUGUUCAGAGCAGAGGACAGUUCUGCUGGGCUGAGUCUGAUUCAGAGGAAGAGACCAGACUCACCUGAACCCAGCUGUGUGUCCAUGAAGAGUGAUGAGUCAAUGCAGAAUCCACUUAACUUCAGAGUAAAGGCCAGUUCGGCUGGGCUGAGUCUGAUUCAGAGGAAGAGACCAGACUCACCUGAACCCAGCCGUGUGUCCAUGAAGAGUGAUGAGUCAAUGGACCGUCCACUUAACUUCAGAGUAAAGGACAGUUCGGCUGGGCUGAGUCUGAUUCAGAGGAAGAGACCAGACUCACCUGAACCCAGCUGUGUGUCCAUGAAGAGUGAUGAGUCAAUGGACCAUCCACUUAGGUUCAGAGUGGAGGACAGUUCGGCUGGGCUGAGAGUCCAGAAGGAGAACUUAAAUAUUACCAGGAGAAACAUGGAGAUCAUAUUCAAGGAGCUGGAGCAUAAAGUCAUCUCUCUGGUGAAGAAUCAGCUCAAGAGGUUUGUGAAGCUGCUGAGUCUGGAUAACCCAGAAGGCUCUGAAAAAGAGGUGGAUGAGGCUGAGAACAGUGUCAGAGAGGGGGCGCUGAAGAUCACACUGACCGUCCUGAGAAACAUGAACCAGACUGACCUCGCUAACACACUACAAAGCAAACUGGCUCCUUCAUGUCAUCGAAACCUGAAAUCAACACUGACGGAAAAAUUUCAGAAAAUUAACGAAGGAAUCUCAAAUACUGGAAUCUCAGCCCUUCUGAAUGAGAUCUACACAGAGCUGUACAUCACAGAGGGAGGGAGUGGAGGGGUCAAUAAUGAACAUGAGGUCAGACAGAUUGAGACAAGAUCCAGGAGACCAGUAGCACUGGAGAAACCAAUCAAAUGUAACAACCUCUUCAAAGACAAACUAAUCAGAACUGUGCUGACCAAAGGAGUUGCUGGAAUUGGGAAAACAGUCUCUGUGCAGAAGUUUGUUCUGGACUGGGCUGAAGGAAAAUCAAAUCAGGACAUCCUUUUCAUAUUUCCACUUCCUUUUAGAGAGCUGAACUUGAUGAAGAAGAAAAAGCUCAGUAUGAUGGCUCUUCUUCAUCAAUUUUUCCCAGACACUAAAGAAUUAAAACCAAGAGACUAUUAUUACUACAAAACCAUGCUCAUCUUUGAUGGUCUGGAUGAGUGUCGACUUUCUCUAGAUUUCCAGAACAAUGAGAGCAUAUUUGAUAUGACACAGUCAGCCUCAGUAGAUGUGCUGCUGACAAACCUCAUCAAAGGGAAUCUACUUCCCUCUGCUCUUCUAUGGAUAACCACUCGACCAGCAGCAGCCAAUCAGAUCCCUCCUGACUGUAUUGACCAGGUAACAGAGGUACGAGGGUUCAGUGACCCACAGAAAGAGGAAUACUUCUGGAAAAGAAUCAGUGAUCAGAGCCUUGCUGAAAGAAUCAUUACACACAUUAAGUCGUCAAGAAGCCUCUACAUCAUGUGCCACAUCCCAGUCUUCUGCUGGAUUGCAUCCACUGUGCUAGAGAGAGUGUUGUGUGAAGCAGAGAGUGGAGAGAUCCCCAAGACUCUGACUCAAAUGUUCUCACAUUUUCUGAUCUUUCAGAUCAAGCACAGCAGCCAGAAGUACCAGAGCAAAAGUGACAUUGAUCAGAACCGGACUAGAAAGAUUAUUCGGGCACUGGGAAAACUGGCGUUUCAACAGCUGAAAAAGGGCAACCUGAUCUUCUAUGAGGAAGACCUGACAGAGUGUGGCGUUGAUGUCAGAGAAUUGUCAGUGUACUCAGGAGUUUGCACCCAGAUCUUCAGAGAGGAGUUUGGGCAGCACCUGGGGAAGGUGUUCAGCUUUGUGCACCUGAGUGUUCAGGAGUUUCUGGCUGCUUUAUAUGCAUUUAUUUACUUCAUCUCCAACAACAGAAAUGUUCUGCAAACUGAACUUUCUGAAUUCUUCAGAAAGUCAACAAUAUCUGACUUCCUCAAGUCCUCUGUGGACAAGGCCUUACAGAGUGAAAAUGGACACCUGGACCUUUACCUCCGCUUCCUUAUGGGCCUCUCCCUGGAGUCCAAUCAGACUCUCUUACGAGGCCUACUGACACAGACAAGAAGCAGCUCUCACAGAAAAGAGGUCCAGUACAUCAAGGAGAAGAUCAGGGAGAAUCCCUCUCCAGAGAAAACAGUCACUCUGUUCCACUGUCUGAAUGAACUGAAUGAUCAUUCUCUAGUGCAAGAAGUUCAAACAUACCUGAACAGAGGAGGUUCCAGUGGUGUCAGCGGAGCUAAGCUCUCUCCCACUCAGUGGUCAGCUGUGGCAUUUCUGUUGCUGAACUCUGAAGAAGAGCUGGAUGAGUUUGACCUGAGGAAAUAUGAUCUAUCAGAGGAAUGUUUUCUGAGGCUCCUGCAAGUGGUCAAAGAAUCCAGAAAAGUUGUACUAGCUGGCUGUAAUCUCACAACAGCAUCUUGUGAAAAACUACAAUCAUUUCUAGAAUCAGUAAACUCGUCCCUGAAAGAUCUGGACCUCAGUAACAAUGACCUGCAGGAUUCAGGAGUGGAGCUGCUUUCUGCUGGACUGAAGAGUUCACACUGUAAACUGGAGAUACUCAGACUAGCUGGCUGUAAUCUCACCGCAACAUCAUGUGAAAAACUAUCAUCAGCUCUACAAUCAGUAAACGCCUCCCUGAAAAAUCUGGACCUCAGUAACAAUGACUUGCAGGAUUCAGGAGUGGAGCUGCUUUCUGCUGGACUGAAGAGUUCACACUGUAAACUGGAGACACUCAGAUUGACUGGUUGUAUGAUUACAGAUAAAGGCUGUUCUUCUUUGGCAUCAGCUCUGAAAUCAAAUCCCUUCCACCUGAGAGAACUUGAUCUGACCUAUAAUCACCCAGGAGAGUCUGGAGUGAAGCUGCUCUCUGAUCUACUGGAAGACCCACACUGCGCACUGGAGAAACUACAGGUGAAUCAUGGAGGGAAGAUCAGGAUGAAACCAGGACUGAAGAAAUAUGUGUGUGAUCUCACUCUGGAUUCAAACACAGCAAACACCUUUCUCUCUCUGUCCGAGAGGAACAGAAAGGUGGAGCGUGUGAUGGAGGAUCAGUGUUAUCCAGAUCAUCCAGACAGGUUUGAUGACUGUUAUCAGGUUCUGAGUGUGGAGAGUCUGACUGGACGCUGUUACUGGGAGGUUCAGUGGAGUGGGAGUGGGGCUGUUAUAUCAGUGUCAUACAGAGGAAUCAGGAGGAAAGGAGGCAGUAAUGACCAUGUGUUUGGCUUCAAUAAGCAGUCCUGGGGUCUGAUCUGCUCUGAUAACAGAUACACUGUCAGACACAAUAAACAUGAAACUGUCCUACCCGGCACUCCCUCCCCCUCCAAAAGAAUAGGAGUGUAUCUGGACUGGGAAUCUGGCACUCUGUCCUUCUACACCAUCUCACCGAACACAGAAAUGCUGACCCACCUACACACACUCUACACUACAUUCACUGAACCGCUGUACGCUGGAUUCUGGGUUUAUAAUGACAAUGACUCCUCAGUGCGUCUGUGUGAGAUAGAAUAACAUCUACCCAGAGAGAGAGAGAGAGAAAGAGAGAGACACAGUGAGAGAAACAGAGCAGAUUGGUGAAAAAUGUGUAAUGUGACAGACCCAGUAAGACACUCAUGGAAAAAUCCAAGAGAAGAGGCUUUGAUACAAAAGGGAUUGGCAAGAAUUGUAGUCGUGGUAUAGGCGUGGGUCAAAUCUAAAAUAGCAAGAAGGCAAAACAGAGCAAUCAUAACCAGUAGGGCAGAGACAAAAGACAACAAUGAAGGAUCCAGAAGAGAGUCCAAUAAACCAAAGGGCAACUGAGAACACAGUGGAAAUGCUCAGUAGUUCUGCAGGAGAAACAAUACCUCGCAAUUUGGCUAAGCUAAAGCCCAGGCUUAUAAACUAAACUAAACAGGUCAUACAUACAGGUCAUAGAACACAGGUGUAGAGAAUCAGUACUCAGGAGAAUUAGAGUGAUGAUUGGUUGAACGAGGAAGUUCAGUCACAUGAUCUCCCAUGAGUUCAGGGAAAUGGAGUCCUUGUGUGAAUCGAGAUCUGAGGGAUACGUGACAGAAAGCAUGUAUCAAAAAUACAAAACUACAGUUUUGACUAUUUUCAUACAUUGUUACAAAAAUAUUUGAUAAAUAUACUUUACAUGUAUUUCUAUGUCAUAUGUGUGUCCAGUCAGAAAUAUAGUGCAUUUAGAGAUAAAGAUACUUUUGAUCUAAAAUACUGUGAGAAACAGAUACCUGGAUAAAAAGUGCACAUUACCUGAUGGAGGAUAUAGGACUGUCUACCAUUAUCUACACCUUCAUUACCUGAUGGAGGAAAUAAAACUGUCUACCAUUAUCUACACAUUAAUUUAUGUCAUGGAGGAUAUUGCAUUGUCUACCAUUAUCUGCACACUACCUGAGGAUGCAAUUGUUGAUGUCCUGAAUAUGGCAUUACAGUUUUUUGGAAAGCACUCUUUAUCGUACCACCUUGGGUAAAGGCUUGUAGGUCACGUUUGUAAUGCAAUAUAACUCCACAAACAGUUUUUGCUAUAGAAAAGAAGUAAUGCAAAAGAAAUACUUGAAUGCAGACACACCAUAGAACCACUACAAAAUAAUAUCAUAAUCAGUAAUAGUUAUUACUCUGAGUGCGCCCCAGAUGAUCUUGCUUUGUUGAUCUUGCUUUCUUCCCCUUUGAAGGAGACUUCAUCUCCUCAUCAUCUCAUUUAUCAAUAGUUGAAUAAUUCUGAGGACAGAACAAGACAAGACUAUUGGAUUUACUGGUUGCCCUAAUUAUGUUAUUCCAAAAGAUUUUUAUGUCAGACUUAAACUGUAAUGAUGUAAUGUUGGUUACAAGUAUAUUACAGUUUGCUUUUGACUAUGACAGUGAAUAUCAAACAGCUUUACAAUACAUGCCAUCUUGUCUGCUUUUCCUUUUGCAAGAAUUAAAAAAUUUUUCACAGAUUAAAAAAAAGCAUUCAUUGCUAUCUUUAUUAUAUUCUACAUGUGUAAUUGAGUGAGUAAUAGUUUUCAUCGUCUCACCUCUUGACUCCUCUGUUUCAAUAGCCUUUUUUCCUGUGUAGAAUAUAUCAUGUUUAAGUAUUCCAAUAAGGUUAUGUACACUAAAGUGUUGCUUUGAAUUUACUUGAAUCAAAUGUGUACCUUGGAUGAAAUAUUUUACACCAGCACAGUUACUGUUGUCCAUUUUACUUACUUUUGGCAAGAAUUGUAUUAAUGGUUUGUGUUUUCUUUUCAUGUGGUACUAAUAGAGUCACAUCUGUGCCAAAAUUGUUUGUAAUUACUUUUUGCAUUAAUACUGAUAAUAGACAUAUUCAUGUUUCUGCAUCAAAGUUUCUAUCUGUAACAUGACAGUUUGUAACCAUACACUGCAGUUUUUGUAAUUAAUAAACCUGUUUCCAUGUU